AUGGAGGCGCCGGCCGAGCUGCUGGCCGCACUGCCCGCGCUGGCCACUGCGCUGGCCCUGCUGCUCGCCUGGCUGCUGGUGAGGCGCGGGGCGGCCGCGAGCCCGGACCCCCAGGAGCCCGCGCCCCCAGAGCCCGCUCCUCCGGCAGAGGCCAGCGUGAAGCCCGCGCCGCCCGGCCCCUGUGCCGCGGAGCCGGCGGCCGCGCCCGAGGGGCUGGGGGAGCCCGCGCGGCCGGACGAGCCCGAGGCCGCGCCGGCGGAGGCGGAGGAGCAGGCCGCCGAGGAGAGGCAGGAAGAGGAGCAGAAGCUGGACGGUGAGGAGGCUUCACCGCAGGCAGGGCCUGAGGAGGAAGACGGGGGUGAGGAGGCCUUCUCCUUCAAAUACAGCCCUGGGAAGCUGCGGGGAAACCAGUACAAGAAGAUGAUGACCAAGGAGGAGCUGGAGGAGGAACAGAGAGUUCAGAAGGAACAGCUGGCUGCCAUCUUCAAGCUCAUGAAGGACAACAAGGAGACCUUUGGCGAGAUGUCCGAUGGUGACGUGCAGGAGCAGCUCCGGCUCUACGACAUGUAGGCCGCCUCCGCCUGGCAGGACGCCGUGACAGCUGGGCCGCGACAGCUGGGCCAUGACUCUGCCCCGACCUGGGACCCACACCCUUGCUAGUCUCAGACUUUUGUAGGCUUCCUUUUAUCUUAUAUACGUAGAUGUAGAGAUGUGGCAUAUACAGAGUUUCUCAGAUCUUGCAGUUUAGAUAUCAUGUUACAGGAGUCAGGACAGUUGUCCUCAAAGGAGAAAAAAAAGUCCCUGAGUCCUUUGGCUUCUGUUUGCUGGGGAGGCCCCAGCUGUGACAUGGGUUCCCCUCUGAGCCUGUCAUCUGAUCCCAAUUAGAUCCUAAGCAAGCACCGGCCCAGAAGGGCUGGCUCGAAGCCUCAGUUCCCCACCUCCUGCAUCCCCCUCCAACCCAGCACAUGGUGUGGAAAAGAUUCAGGGAUGCUGUAAGGAAGAGUAUCAGGUCCCGCUGCCCGAGUAUCCAGCCUAUUAACACUACAGCUUCCUCUGCCUUGGAAGAAUUUCUGGAAGCUUCUGUCACUGUAUGGAAGCAAGCCAUAGGGGAGCAUCUCUGAAAAAGCGAAAAAGUCUGAUUCAAAGACUCACCUUCCAUCCUGGAACAAAGCAACGGUAUCAGAGUUAGGACCCUCUAAGAGUGUCUCUUAUUUAACCAUGACACUUACUUUAUAUAUAAUUAAGAUUUCUGUGAGUGCUCAUCACGCAAAUGCUAGACACUGUCAACAGAAAUAAAAUACGCAGCACAGUCCCUACCUUGAGAGAAAUUAAAGUCCUGUGGAGGAGAAUUCCCUGCUGGCCCAGUGGUUAAGAAAGGUGGAUGCCGAGGAUGUGGGUCUAAUCCCUGGUCAGGGAACUAAGAUCCUGCAAGCUGUGAGGUACAGCCAUAAACAAACAAAUAAAAAUCAAGACCUUUGGAGAAGCCAGGUGCACAUGCAGAGAAAGAAAACCUCACCAGUUAGCAUUCAAUAAAAUGCCAAAAUGACCUCAUGAAGAGUGUCUGGGCCACCUUAGCACGUCAAUAAAGUUCUGUGAGUCAGUGAGUGCACAAUGAUGACAAUAACAGCGGUUCUUCCAUGCUGUCCAGAUCCUGCUUCUGACCACCCCACUGGCAGAAAAAUCCAUAGCCAACUGAAUGAAGGAGGGUACGCUAAAGGGAUAACCUAAGAAAGUUCUUGAAAAUACUUUUUAUUUGCUGAAAUAAAACUAAACACACGGAAGUAAA